GAUUGGAGGGCGCCUUCGGCAGCCGCCCGCGGGAGCAGCCGUGGCCCCAGCUCGCUCGCUGGCGGAGUUACACGAGGCGGCGGCGGCGGGAGCUGGAAUAGCAGAAGGAACCGCCUCGUUGAGUCGGGCCGGAGCCCUGCAGUGGCUUAGACGGUUGCAGGGACCGCCAGGUUGAAACAUCUGUCACAGCCAGGUCAACCAGGAGUACAGGGUGCAAAUUCAGCCGUGGGCUAAGGCGAGCUAACCAAAGCCAGCAGUAUGGACUUCGUCAUGAAGCAGGCCCUCGGAGGGGCCACCAAGGACAUGGGGAAAAUGUUGGGCGGAGAGGAGGAGAAGGACCCUGAUGCGCAGAAGAAGGAAGAAGAGCGGCAGGAAGCUCUACGGCAGCAGGAAGAGGAGCGCAAGGCCAAGCACGCACGCAUGGAGGCUGAGCGUGAGAAGGUCCGGCAGCAGAUCAGAGACAAGUAUGGGCUGAAGAAGAAAGAGGAGAAGGAGGCAGAGGAAAAGGCAGCUCUUGAACAGCCCUGUGAGGGGAGCCUGACCCGGCCCAAGAAGGCCAUCCCUGCAGGCUGCGGGGACGAGGAGGAGGAAGAAGAGGAAAGCAUCCUGGACACGGUGCUCAAGUACCUGCCCGGGCCACUGCAGGACAUGUUCAAGAAGUAACGGGCUCUCCUGCUCCAGCCUCACUCCA